UACGCACAUUCGGCUACCAUUUGAUCAAGGCGCUUCCAAAAGCUGACUCUUAAUGCACUUUUUAACCUUUUUAUACUGCUGGUAAAGACUAAAGAACUUUAUCAUGAUUAGCUUGGUAUUCCUGCUCGUCUUUGGAGGAAUUUUAGACGGUUUUGAAGCUAAUUUCGCUUCCAAGUGUUGCGGGUCAAGCUGUGCGCACAAGGAUUCGUGUACUGAUGAGGGUAAAAAUCUUUACAAAGGUUACUGUGUAAGCAAAUGUCCCAUUGGAAAUUAUGCAAAAGACAACAAAUGUUCAAGUUGUCCUUCUUUGUGUUCAUCCUGCAGUGGGCAGCCAUGCCUCAGCUGCAAGGACUCAAAAUUUCUGUGGAAAAAUGGAAAAUGCGCACCUGUUUGUCCUCAAGAUGCAAAACUUGCGAAAAACUCGAGUAGUCCCAGGGUGCGACUUGUUGCAGGGCGAUCAAGCUUAGAAGGUGUUGUUGAGGUCUAUCAUGAUGGAGUGUGGGGAACAAUUUGUGCAGAUGGCUGGACCGAUAGCAAUGCAGAUGUCAUUUGCAAGGAAUUGAACCUAGGAGCAGUUAUGGAGUCCAAAAUUGUCCAUCAAGACAGGUUUAAAAGACAAGGAGGCUACAAAUAUGACCGGAUUUGGCUGAGUGCUCUCAAAUGCAAAGGAACCGAAUCUUCAAUUUUCAAUUGUGACAAAGAAUGGGAUGAUAAUUCCUGCAGUCAUUUGGAAGAUGUUGGCAUACGAUGCAGUGGACCUGACUCAAGCAAAAGAUGUGUUACUUCAUGUGGCGAUGGUUAUUUUGAAUCAAACGGAAAGUGUUUUGAAUGUCCUUUGGACUGUAAGACAUGCACUUCACUCGACAAAUGUUCCAGUUGUAAUGAAGAAAGAUUUUUAGAAGGAGACUCGUGUGUCGCUGAAUGUAAGCCAGGCACUUUUGGUGACAGUAAAACUCUCAAAUGCAAGCAAUGUCCUGACGAAUGUGAGACGUGCAUUGAUUCAGGAUGCAAAAGUUGCAAAUACGAAAAGUUCUUAAUUGGUGGGAAGUGUGUGGACAAGUGUUCCAGCGGUGUUUCGUACAGUAAAUAUCUUCGUUUAUCUGGAAACCAUAGCUCACCGUACAUGGGCUUACUCGAAGUGAAGUACCAAGGUGAAUGGCACACUGUCUGUGACGAUUUGUUCUAUCUUCGUACAGCGAGAGUAUUCUGUCGCGAGCUUGGCUAUGGUGAGCCAAUCAAGUACCGUAAUACAGGAUUUGGAAUGGGAAAGGGACGCAUACUUACUCGAAAUGUUCUUUGUCUUGGAUUUGAGAAAAGUUUUCUGGAUUGUUCUCAGUCAGAAUGGUUCUCGCCUGGUUGCUCCCACCAUGAAGAUGUUGGCUUAUCAUGUCAACCACCGAUUAAAGGACCGUCUGUUCUUCCACAUCGAUGUAUGGAGGACUGUCCGGAUGGAACCUUUCAGAACAAACAGAAUCAAUGUGAACUAUGCAAUCGGAAAUGCUUGACUUGCGCCAAAGGUCCUGAAAGCUGUUUAGAUUGCAGGAAAACGUUCUUUCACAAUGGUACAACAUGUGUAAGAACUUGUCCUGAUGGUACCUACCCUAAUACCACGGUUCGUGCUUGUCUAUCAUGCAAUAAAGAAUGCAUGACCUGUGACGGUCGACCAGAUGUAUGUCUUUCUUGUGUUCCACCCUUAGUCCAAAAGGGAUCUUAUUGUGGUAAAAAGUGUCCUGACGGUACGUACCAAAAGGAAUACACUUGUGUAGAGAACUGUGGGUUGUGGCAUUAUCAUGGAAAAGACAAAAUGUGCCAUACAUGCCCGCCGAAUUGUAUCAUGUGUAGUUCGGACGGUAAGUGUAAAGCAUGUAAAAAUGGUUUGGUCUUUACAAAAGAUGGGAAAUGCAGCACGAGUUGCCCACGUGGACAAUAUUCAACGCCAGUAGAACCAUCAUCUGUGGGUAUCGACAUGCAGUUGAGGUUAACAAGCGUUGAAGGUUUCAAAUACAAAGGACGGUUGGAGAUCAAGCAUCAGGGUGUUUGGGGGAGUAUAUGUGACGACGGAUGGGGCUAUCAAAAUGCAGUGGUCGCAUGUCGACAGCUCCUGCUGGGACCUCCAGUUCAAAUUGUAUAUCUCCGCUCUUAUCGGUUUGUAAAUAUGAAGAUUUUGCUUGACGAUGUUAAUUGUAAGGGUAAUGAAGACAGCCUUACCCAAUGCGAAGUCCCUGGUUGGGAUCGCCAUAACUGUGCUCACUCUGAAGAUGUUCAUAUUGAAUGUUCUCCUCCUGGCCUCUCAAGAUGCGACGUGGAAUGUCCGCCUGCUUACUUUGUCAAUGGUUCAAGCUGUUCACCUUGUUCUGUUAAUUGUUCAAGCUGUACUGGUUCCGCUAAUAACUGUUCUUUGUGUAAGGAAGGGUCCUUUCUUGCUAACGAUGGCUCGUGUGUUACGAAUUGUCCACCAGGAUUUUAUCCAAGUGACAAAAAACAUUGCAAGGCAUGUCAUUCAAGAUGUUGGACAUGCGAUGGCGAGAAGAUUAAAGAUUGUACCUCGUGUAAACCACCUUAUUUUCUUUUGCUUGGUGGGUGUGUUCUCAAUUGUACAAAAGAAUUCUACAAAAGAAGUAGUAACCCCUUUGUAGAGUUAUGGGGGAAAGUUGGACCGUAUGAAGGCGUUGCUAUGGUAACAAUGAAAGGAAAAAAAGGAUUUGUCUGCAGUAGAUAUUUGCGUGUUGAACAAGGCAAUGUUGUUUGCAAAGAACUUAAUAUGGGACAUGCUGAGAGAGUGUAUUCAAGGUCGAUGUACCGGCAUUGGCUUAUCCCGUUGUUGAUAAAGAAUCCUGUAUGCACUGGUAACGAGUCCUCCAUUUUACAGUGCCCAGUUCAAAAAUAUCUUCGCUAUUGUUCCAGACGAAGUAUUUUGGCUGUUAAAUGCAGUGGUCCAGACUUGAUUAGAAAGUGUUUGGAGAGGUGUCCAACGGAUGGUCACUUCUACAUCAAUAACGCCAAUCACGAAAAGACUUGUGAUCAUUGUUCAGAAAACUGCUUACGAUGCGAAAUAAAUGCUACCAAUUGUAUAUCAUGUCCUGAAGGUCAAAUUUUAACCUGGGACAAGAAAUGCGUGUCUUACUGCCCUGAAGGAACAUUUUUCCAUAAGAACAAAUGUGAAAAAUGUGAAAGUACAUGUCUGGCUUGUUACCAAAACAAACAAAAUUGUAUCACCUGUGCUCAUGGAAGAUACGUUAAAGCCGGCAACUGUCUCGAUAAGUGUGAAAACAUUGGAUGGCCAAGAGUGGGCUCACCUUCUGUGAGGUUAGUUCGUUAUUCGUCUAUGACGAGAUCUCCUGCAAACGCCUCACUGGGAGUAGUCGAGAUGUUUGUGGAUGGCAAUUGGUUUCCAGUGUGUGGAAUCAACUGGGACAUACGAGCCGCUGCUGUUGCAUGCCGGGAACUGGGAUAUGGUGAUCCAAUCAAAAUAAUCUCGGGACCUAGUUCUUUGAAUGGUUACACGAGGAAACUAAUAAAAAAGUUGAAUUGCACUGGAAGAGAAAACACAUUGAGUAAAUGCGGUCGAAUUGGUUCCUGUGAAUACUUCAGACUCGCUGGUGUUCAGUGCAGCCGCGCCACACCAAAGAAAGAAUGUGUGAAGUUAGAUAAACCUUGUGGAACAGGUUUCUUUAGAAAUUAUAAUAAAGAAGAGUGCCAAGCUUGCUCCAGUGACUGCAUUACGUGCUCAGGCACCGCCAGUCAUUGUACUUCAUGUAACUAUACGCAUGUCUUGCACGGUUCAAAAUGCCUCGAAGAAUGUCCCGAUGGAUAUUAUAUUGAUCUGGAGAUGAAAACAUGCAAACGAUGUAGUGAUAGGUGCAAGACGUGUUUUGAUGGAGUAAGCAACGAUAAAUGUUCAUCCUGCAAUAAACCUUAUUUCCUACGUGACACUUCCUGUGUGGACUCGUGUUAUCCUGAUCGUACCUUAGAAGACCUCAUGAGAAAUAAACCGCCUGCAAGUGUUCGUUUAAUAAAUGGUUCAAACCCUCGAGAAGGGUUUAUUCAGUUGAAGAAAAAUGAUGGUGCAUGGGGGAAUAUUUGUUAUAUGAAUAUAUUUGUCCGCAAUCUUGUGUGUCAAGAACUAGGCUUUCAAAGUGCUUCCAUCCUGCGCAGCGCAGUCGCUUAUGACCUGUCCAACGUUUGGUCGAUCACCUGUAGCUCUUACAAAAGUUCCCUAAAGGACUGUUCUGUCGUCCCAUUAAGAUGGUGUACUUCGAGAUCCUUCAUUGCUUGCUCAAAGAGACGACUCGAUAAACGAGUUUGUCGAAAGGUGAAUAAGGUUCCGUGUUCGCCGACUGUCUGUGCCAGGGCAGCACCGUGUGUUGAUGGAGAUGACAAGGUCAUUCCUACAGGCCAUUCAUUUUGCAGGAGUUGCCCUCCAAAUUAUUAUGGUGAUGGUGAUAAUUGUACAGCUAUCUCCAAAAUCUUACCUUCAAUAACCAUUCCUUUUGUGAACAAACGCACACCCCUUGGACUACCCUUGUACUUGCGUUGUUACGGUCGAACCUCUCGUGCUUUCCUAACUGCAAAUCGCUACAGCUGGUACAAGGAUGGAAAGAGAUUGAACGUACCACACUCCUCGUUUCGGCGCCCUAUUUUUUUACGUGCGCAUUAUCGAGAUGCUGGUAUUUAUACAUGUGUUUUGCGCACAUCUGUUGGUUCAACCACGAAGACCUUUAAUGUCACAGUUGUAGGUGCACCGUUGAUAGAGAAAGCAGAUAAUGUCGAUGCUGUAAUUGGAGACUCGGCCAUGUUGGAGUGUAAAGUUUUUGCUAACCCCCCGGCCACUCUCGAGUGGGUUUUUAAUAAUAUUACUUUAAAUGAAAAUAGCACUAGUGACGGGGGGCCGAGGGUUCUGAAAAAUGGUUCUUUGUGGAUAAAUCAGACAAAGGCAAAGCAUGCUGGAAAUUACUCGUGUAUUGCGAAAAAUUAUAUCCGGACAGUUGUCGAAGUUAUUAGAUUACGAGUUGGAGAGGAAUUACGAUUUGAGAGAAAAGGAAACACUGCCGUUGUUUCAAAAGGGGGGAAUGCGAGGUUAUCUUGUGUGCCUCACAAGUCAGAUUCAUCCUGGUCGAUAAUUUGGCGUCGUAAUGGCAAGACACUGAAAACAGUUGGUCGUUAUAAAGUACUGGAGGGUUCGCUGACUAUCCAGGAUGUUAACAGCGAAGAUUGUGGACAGUAUUAUUGCGUAGCAAAGGAUACAAGCUCGAUUAUUACCAGCAUAGCGACGGUGGUGAUUAAAGAUGAUCCCCCAUGUAUCCACACGCGACCUCAAAACCUUCAUCUGGAGGAUGGAAUGUAUGCAAGAUUUUACUGUGCAGCCAGUGGUGAGCCAACACCGCAGAUAUUCUGGCAAAACGAGACCAAAGCCAGCAAUGUUUUUGAGAUCAAGAAAGUGGACAUAUCUCACGUCGGUGUCUACAAAUGCUCGGCUCGAAGCGGGGAUAAAUUCAACGAGGCUUUUGCUUUUCUCAGCGUUAAUGAUCAUCAUGCUUGUCCGUAUAUUUUUGAAAAGCCGAAAAGCACGUCAGUGAUGCCCGGCCAGACGGUGGUAUUUCAUUGCAAAGCUGUGGCCGACACCAGUUCGACCAUUGAGUGGCAUCGUAAUGGUCAUCGCAUUGUCAGUAGCGAUAAAUAUAAGAUUGAAGAUGGUGGGAGAAAGUUGACUGUAAACAACGUGAAAAAAGAUGAUCUUGGAGAGUACAAAUGUGUCGUAAAGGACAAAUAUGGUGAAACAACUGCUACAGGCUCUGUCAAUGCUUUGAAUGCUGAAGCUUUCAAAGUCUCUAGUUCAUCUCCAAACACGGCCGGGAUAAUCAUUGGUGUCCUUGUGUGUAUCCUUGUGAUCAUAAUAGUCCUUUACUUCGUCCAUCGUUACCGUCGCUAUGGAGACACGCCAGCCUCCGUCAUCAGUGACGUCAAGCGGAAAACCGUAUCUCGAUUCCAGUCUUCGCAGUCUCACACGGUGCUGAAAAACGAUACGACGGCGUUGGUUGAGGAUAAUGAUGAUGACGCUUAUGACGACAAUCCUGAUGCCAACCCAUUCGUGAGAGACUGAGAACGAUACUUUAGGUUUGUAGCUAACGAUGAGGUAACUAAACCACUGAUCUCAAGUAAUAUUCUGGAUUGUUACCACCAAAAGGUGUCUAAAAACCUUAUGUCACCUUAAUUUUGCUUUGAUAUGCCGCUGACAGCCAUUGAGUUCAAUCAAAAUUCAUGCAUACUAACAAACAUAAGGCUAAUUUAAUAUCAGUCAAAUGCACGGAUAACCGGAUUUUUUUCUGACUGAACACGCUAGAAAUAUUUAGCCACUUUUGUGCAGUAUAGAUGAUCUCUUUUAGUAAAGGUCUGCACGUCUUUUGAAACGAUAUCUUCUUGGUAGUAUGUAUGAGUUGUGAAGAUAGUUACCUUCGAUUUUUUUUGUAGAUAAAUAAUAUUUUGGUAUGUAUUAUAUUCUGGCACAUGUGUACAACAUAUCAAUUUUUUAAUACUAGUAUUUAAUACAAGUAUUAACGAUUAAAUCGUUCAAAUUCU